AUGCUGGGGCGGAGGGAUGUCCUGCGAACGCUGCUGCUGCUGCUGCUGGCGCUGACCACUACCACAGCCGCUCCGUUGCGGGGUACCACCCGGACCAGCUCCACCCCCUCCGCCACCACCGCCUCCUCCUCCGCCUCCUCCGCCGCCUCCACCUCCACCGCUGCCUCCACCACCGCCGCCUCCUCCGCCGCUGCCACCACCACCACCACCCCGCCACCACUCCCGCCGCCACCCCCACUCCCUCCGCCGCCUCCACCGCCCCCUCCAGCUCCACCCGCGCCCUUGCCCCCCUUGCCCUUGCCAGAGCGGCGUCUCCCACUAGGGGCAGACGCCGCGCCGACCGACUCAAGACCAAGCAGGUCAGCAGCAGCAGCAGAGGCAACAGAGGGCAGCAGGGGGGAAGGAGAGCACCCCUCAAAGAUGGGGGCGGCUCGGCUGCUGCUGGGCGGCUCGGCUGCUGCUGGGCGGCUCGGCGGCUGCUGGGCGGCUCGGUUGCUGCAGGGCGGCUCGGCUGCUGCUGGGCGGCUCGGCAACGGGGCGGCUCGGCUGCUGCAGUCGGGCGGCUCGGCUGUUGCAGUUGCUGGGGCGGCAAGGCCGCGAGAUCAGGGACGGCGGGGCCGCGUAUCAGGGGCGGCGGGGCCGAGAGCGCUGGGGCGGCGGGGCCGUGAGAUCAGGGGCGGUGAGGCCGUGAGAUCAGGUGCGGCGGGGCCGGGAGCGCUGGGGCGGCGGGGCCGCGAUGCAGGGGCGGCGGGGCCGCAAUGCAGGGGCGGGGAGGCCGCAAUGCAGGGGCGGCGGGGCCGUGAGCGCUGGGGCGGCGGGGCUGCGAUGCAGGGGCGGCGGGGCCGUGAGCGCUGGGGCGGUGGGGCCGCGAUGCAGGGGCGGCGGGGCCGUGAGCGCUGGGGCGGCGGGCCGCGAUGCAGGGGCGGCGGGGCCGGUAGCGCUGGGGCGGCGGGGCCGCGAGUUCAGGGGCGGCAGGGCCGCACGAUCAGGGGCGGCGGGGCCGCUGGAGCAGGGGCGACGGGGCCGCGAGAGCAGGGGCGGCGCGGCCGUGAGCUCAGGGGCGGCGGGGCCGCGAGAUAA